AUGGCCGACGUCCAGAAGACUGUUGAGGAGACCCCGGUCGUCCCUGCCGCUGAGACUGCUGUUGAGACCGCCCCCGAGGCUACAGCUGAGGCGCCCACUGAGGCCGCUGAGACUACUGCCACCCCCGCCGUGGAGAACGAGGCUGCUGAGCCCGCUAAGGAGGAAGUGAAGCCUGCUACUGAGGGAGUUCUGGGUUACAAGGGUCCCGGUCUUGUCAAGGGUCUCCGUUUCGCCAAGCGCUUCUUCUACUUCAGCGAGGAGGCGGUUGAGAGCAAGCAGCUCUCCGUCUUCCACCAGAACGAGAAGCCCGCCACCGCCAACCCCACCGCCGCCUGGGCCAGCCAGACUGGCAAGGGUCUGCUUUUCCUCACCAAGCGCGCUGAGGACAAGGCCCACCCUGCUGGCAUCUUCAACCUCGCUGAUGUCUCCGAUGUGACCAAGGAUGGCCACAACGAGUUCGUUUUCAAGGUUGGUGGCCACAAGCACACCUUCCAGGCCUCCAGCGCUGCUGAGCGCGACAGCUGGGUGGUUGCCAUCGAAGCCAAUGCCACCGAGGCCAAGGCUGAGAAGGAGACCAUCACCUCCAGCGAGGGAUACAAGGCUGAGCUCGAGAAGCUGACCAAGCCCGCUGUUGUUGUCGCCGCUGCUGCUAAGAAGCUCGAGGAGAAGAAGGAGGAGACUCCCGCCGAGGCUGGUGAAUCUGCUAAGGAGGAGCCCAAGGAGGAGAAGAAGGAGGAGAAGAUUACUGCUGCCAAGAGCCGCUCCCAGUCCCGCAAGCGCACCAGCAUCUUCGGUUCCCUGCUUGGUAAGAAGGACGCCGAGGAGAAGAAGGAGGAAACUCCUGCUGCCGAAGAGCCCAAGGCCGCCGAGCCCGCUGCUGAGACUGCUGUUGAGGCUGCUGCCCCCGUCGCUGCCGCUGAGACUGCCGAGACUGCCCCUGCCCCUGCUGAGGUCGUUGAGCCUACUGUUGAGACUCCCGCUGAGGCCACCGAGACCGUCGAGGAGACUCCCAAGGAGGAGGCCAAGGAGGAGAAGAAGAAGGAGGAAAAGAAGGAUGAGAAGAAGUCCAAGCGUGCUUCCAUCUUCGGCAACUUCUUCCAGAAGGUCGCCAGCCCCUCUCAGGAGAAGUCCGAGAAGGAGGCCACUGUCCCUGCUGUCGAGGAGACUCCCGUCGCCAGCACUGCUCCCCAGCUCGAGAGCCCCGUUGAGGAGGCUGCUGUCAAGCCCGUCGAGCCCGAGAGCGUGACUGCUCCUGCCGCCGAUGAGACUGCCGUUGUUGAGACCUCUGCCGCCGAGCCUGUCUCCUCCCCCAAGGAGAAGCGCCGCACUUCUUUCUUCGGCAACCUUGGCAUGAAGAAGGAGAAGAAGGCCGAGUCUUCGGACAACGAGGUUACUGAUGGCGAGGCCAAGGAAGCCAAGCACAAGAACAAGCUCGGUGGUCUUUUCCGCAAGCCCAGUAAGGCUGUCAAGCUUGACAAGGAGGAGGUUGCCGCCACUGAGACCGAGGUCAAGGCCGAUGCCGCUGAGGAUGUCUCUGCCGUUCCCGCCAAGGAGACUGCCACCGAGGAAGCCUCUGCUGCCGUUGAGGAGACCCGCAAGGCCGCCGAGACUGUCCCCGAGGACGCCAAGAAUGUCAGCGUUGCCGCUGCCACUCCCGUCCAGGCUGCCGCAUGA